UGGUUGUUGAUUAGCUUUCCUUCAAAGAUUCAAUCCCUCGAGUUAGCGCACACAAGGUGAGUGCCUUAAUCACUAGACUACCGAGGACUUGCUUGAAAAUUAAUGUACAGAACGAGUUUACAGACAAAUAGCCAAUUAAGCUUGUUGAUUUCUGUGACUGGUAAUGGACAUUGUACACCACAAUACACGCUUCCAGAAAGUAUGUCACCUUGGCUAUUGGGCCUCGUUUUCGUGAUUGAGACGUGGGCAAAAAACUGAUGUCAAAUACACAAAAACUAGGCUCUAUAGACUAUAGGUAAAGUUAAGUAUGUGACAAUGUGACAUACUUUCCGGAAUGGUGUAUUCCAGUAAUUUUGUAGACUGCAAGCAACCCUCUAUUUUCCUUCGUUUUAUAGUUUCUGGACUAAGACUAUGGCAGACUGCCAGGGUAAAUAUUCCACAUAUUCUAUUAUUAUUAAAAAUAAAUUAUUUAUAUUAAUAUAUUAUCUUUUAAAUUCAAUAUAAACGUUUCUAGCGCAUACUCAGUAAGCCUUUUAUCUAAGUUACCAAUCCAUAAUUUCUUCUCAGAAGUUGAUUUCGUAGAUGUUGCCAUGAAAAAUUUAAAAAAAUAAAAUAUUUCUAUACACAAAAAUAUACAUUCUUUUCCGCCAUAUUGUUUAACCACUUUAUCGAACCCAGUCCACCAAGAACACGAAAUCCAAUAUGGCGGACAAAAAUCACGAGAAAAGGCGAGAAAAAGUUACAAAUGAAGUUAGUUUGGACAGAAAUCGCGAACGAUCAAGAAGUACGGCAGAGGAUGAGCAUAGGAAGGUAUUUGGCUGGCUUUUGGUUAUAACUAUAGCUUUAUAUAAUGAUUUUUUGUAUCAUCAAUGUGUGUUUAAUGAUGCGGUUCAACGACGAGAAACUGCCCAGUUGUAUAUAUUGUAUGCCUUUUGCAGAAAUCAAAGCGAAAAACGGAAAAAAGGAAAUCACGAAAGAGGUCACAGAGUGAAUCUGAUACAGAUAGGUAAUCUGUAUAAUAAUUGUAUAAGCCAUAAGGCAUUGACCAUUGACCCAUUGUGGAGAGAGAGACAGAGAGUAGAUCAGUGACGUUCAACUACUUCUACAGUUCUACGAUCCGAGUUUUAUAAUUGCGUUUAUAGAGUUUUUCAUCUUUAUGGACCCCAGACGAGAAUUAAAAUAUUCAUGCUCAACUUAGUCUAUGCCGAAAAUUUCACGUUCUAUGUUUCACUGCAGCGGCAAAUUCCAGUCAAAUUUAAUUAUGCCUUAUGGGAAAAACAACAUUUUUAAAACGCCUUAAAUGUUUUAAAUCGCGCCUUUGCCGGAAUGUCCAAAGGCCUCCAAACAACGUGAAAUUUCCGAUGUAGAUUGAUUUAAGCAUGGAGACAUCAAUCUCGAGGUCCAUCUUUGAUAAAGAUCUGCAGAUAAACGAAACGAAUAUUUGAUGACGUCAACUCGUAUUGGAGAAUAUACAUUAGCAGCGCUCAGAAGGAAUUAAUUCUUUUAUUAUGAUAUAUUUUGAUGUUUCAGUUCAUCAUCCACUUCCUCAAGUGAUUCUGAACAGAGAAAGAAAAGAAAGAAAAAUCAUCAAAAAAGAUCGAGUAGUUCAGGAAGUUCAUCAUCAGAUAGUGAUGAUAAACAUUGCAAGUCUAAACAUACGAAGAAACGACAUAAGAGGAGUGCGAGCAGUUCAUCAUCUGAUGAUGAAAAACAUUCAAAAUCUAAACAUAAGCAAAAGAAGAAAAUACGUAAGGUAUAGAAGAUAUUAAACUUCUUCUAUAAAGGCCUAAAGCUUUUAAAGACUUGCUGUAAGUUGCCACCAAUUUGUCCUCAAAUUUUCUGAAAUCACCUUAAGUCGCUACAACUUAAAGGAUUUUAGGAUCUGAAGUAGGCAUAAUAGUUGAUAAUACCAGUAUGCAUGCAAGUUAUCCAAGAUUGUGAGUUAAACGAUUACUUUACUCUUAUAAAGCUAACGCCUGAUCGCAGGUUAUUAAAGAUAAAGUAUACAUAAGAACGGCCAACCUUAAAGAAAUUGAUAUGCAUAAAAUUCCAUGCACAUUCUGGCGGCUCAAUAGUGUUGGUGUUAUUUUAUUUUCAUUUUUUCAGAAGAAAUCAAAGUUGAAAAAGGCAAAACACCAAGGAGUGGUCGAUCAGAACAAAUAUGGCGCGUAUGGAAUACUUCGAGAGAGCGAUAUAUUUGUCAAACAACAGGAAUUUUACUGUUGGCUUCAAGAGGUUAAAAAUGUCAAUUCAGAGACAUUACCAAAAUUUGAAACAAGAAAAAUGUUCGAGGAUUACAUGGAAGAUUAUAAUACGGCUACUUUACCACAUAAGAAGUACGUUUGUAUUUACUGUGUUUGGGAAAACUUUGAAAAUGGAAUUUUUUUCAGUGCUUAAAAAUGCGCGUCCCCUCGUGCGCGUUCAUACAAAAGCGUUUCCACAUGCAU